AUUUGGAUCUGGCAACCAUGGGCGGGAGGGCAGCUAGUUGCGUAGACCAGCUUGGAGAGUGAACAUGUCGCUCCUCAGGGCCACCUCUCGCUCUCUCCCUCUCCUCUCCACCAGGACCGCCGCUCUCAUUAACACCGUAAACUACCACGAGAAGGUAAUAGAUCAUUAUGAAAAUCCCCGCAAUGUUGGCUCUUUGGAUAAGAAUGACAGCAUGGUUGGCACAGGCCUAGUGGGAGCUCCAGCCUGUGGAGAUGUCAUGAAACUUCAAGUUAGGGUGGAUAGUGAAGGCAAGAUAAUUGAUGCAAAGUUCAAAACAUUUGGGUGUGGCUCAGCCAUUGCAUCAUCAUCUCUAGCAACAGAAUGGGUAAAAGGCAAAACGUUGGAUGAAGCUCUGAAGAUAAAGAAUGUUGACAUCGCUAAGGAACUAAAGCUACCACCAGUCAAACUUCACUGCUCUAUGCUAGCAGAGGAUGCCAUUAAAGCUGCCUUGAGUGAUUAUCGUAUUAAGCAAUCCUCCAAGGAGAAGAUGAAGAUGAACAAGUAGAGAAGAAAAUACUGUAGAUGCAUCAGACAAAGGAACUAAUGCUUAUCUUUAAUUUUAAGUCUAAUACAUUGAAUUUUUAAAAUUUAGGAUUUACUGAAAGGAUUAGAAUGUGUUAUGGCAGUUAAAUACUCUUUACUAGUGUUGAUCCUAUUCUAACUUUAAAUUACUAUUAUUAUUACUAUUGUUUGGCAAUUAAUAUACUCUACAGUACAUGUUAAAUCUGAACUGUGGCACUUGUAAUAUACUGUAUAUUUAUAAUCGUUAUACAACCCAGUCGAGUGCACUAAGGUGCAGGCAGUGCUCUGCUGCAACACAGAAUGCAUCUUGUGUGGAGAAAAAAUUGUCACUGCUACUCACUACCCACCAUGCGACCACUCCUCAUAAUGCACUGUCUGGCUGUAUAACUCUACUUGUACAGUCUGUGUGUGUGGUCCAGGUGAAUUUCAAAAGAUUGCUACAUGCAUUUAUCUGGUUAUCUUAAUUAAAAUAAUUGGCAUUCAACCUUUAACUGUUGGAAAAACCUAAGUGCAAAGAAU